AUGGAUUGCCAGGAGUUGCCUUGCACCCGGGCGCAGCGCGCGACACAUUUCAAACGCUGCCUCAGGUCCAAGACAGGCUGCAGGGCGUUGCCCUUACAUGCUAACGUGCUAGCAGCGUCCGAGAUGGAUUGCCAGGAGUUGCCUUGCACACACGGGCGCAGCGCGCGACACAUUUGGUCGGCAGAGUUGUCGCAGAGCCCGGAGAAAAUUGCAGGGCAGAUCACCUUGGCGUGCUGGCAGAACUGUGAAUGUGUUGCCAGAUAUUCCAUCUCGUGCGCGCGGGGCGUGUAUCUUCUCGCAUGUGUUGCAGUUGCAUGUGUCCAGGACAUGCUGCGUUGCAGCGUCCGAGAUGCGUUGCCAGGAGCUGCCUUACAGCUCAUCCAGGAAAAGCGCGUGGCUUCUUGGUUUCAAAGCGGAAGCUCAUACCGCAGUUGUGUCUUCUCAACGAUACGGCCAAAUGACAAUGCCUUUGUACGGCCGUAG